AUGUCCACCGAAAAGCGAGUCUGCCUCGCCUACUCUGGAGGCUUGGAUACGAGUACCAUCCUAAAAUACUUAGUACUUGAGUGCUUCCUCGGUAACGUUGGCCAAGCCGAAGAUUUCGCUGCGGUCGAGAAGAAGGCUCUGGCUCUGGGUGCUGAGCGUAUGAUCAUCGAAGACCUACAGGAGGAAUUCUCUGAGGUCAUCUUCCGCAGCAUCCAAUGCAACGCCAUCUACGAAGACCGAUAUCUUCUUGGAACCAGUCUUGCCAGGCCAGUGCUGGCUCGCGCGCUCGUUCGUGUGGCUCAUAAGUAUUCCUGCAAGACCUUGAGCCACGGUUGUACAGGCAAGGGAAAUGAUCAAGUGAGAUUCGAGUUAGCUUGGCGAGCACUUGACCCUAGCCUCGAAAUCAUCGCUCCUUGGAGGAUGCCUGAGUUCUUUAAGCGCUUCCAAGGUCGACAAGACCUUCUGAAAUUUGCUGCUGAGAAUAACAUCCCUGUCUCGUCCACCCCCAAGGCUCCUUGGUCUCAAGACGAUAACUUGGCUCACUGUAGCUCGGAAAGUGGAAUUCUUGAGAAGCCCGAUGUGCCUGCCCCCGAGGAUGUAUGGAUCAAGUCCGUUGAUCCUCUCACAGCCCCCGAUACCCCUGCCAAGUUCUCUAUCGAGUUCAAGGAAGGCAUCCCAGUCAAGCUCGAGGUAGAGGGUGGCGAGACUAUCACUGGAGGGCUCAAGCUCUUCAAGGCUCUCAAUGAAAUUGCUGGCCGCCAUGGUGUUGGGAGGGUAGAUAUCGUGGAGUCUCGCUUCAUUGGAUUAAAAUCUCGAGGGUGCUAUGAUGCCCCAGCUCACACUGUCCUAAGGCUAGCGCACAUCGAUCUGGAAGGUAUGACUGUUGACUCUCGGGUUCGGUCAAUUAUGGCCUGGAUUGGAAACCAGUGGUCGCAAUGCCUAUACAAUGGCUUUUACUUCAGCCCAGAGAGGGAGCUUCUUGAACACAGUAUUGGAUUCAGCCAGAAGCAUGUUAAUGGCACAGUUAACAUGAUGGUCUAUAAGGGCGCAGCCCAUGUCCUUUCCCGCUCUGCGCCUGGAAGCAACCUCUAUAGCGAGGAACAGGCGAGUAUGGAUACCCUUGAGGGAUUCAGCCCAGAGGAUACCAGUGGCUUCAUUGCUAUCCAGGCAAUUCGUCUAGAGAAGUACGGCGCUGCCAAGAUCCAGCAUGGUGAACCCCUGGUAUGA